CCAGACAGUAUAUAGGACUUUAAAUGGUAAUUGCUAAACAUUUGAAUGUUCCCAAAAAUGUGAGUCUGUGUGUCUGUGUAUGUCUCUACAUGUUAUUCCACUAGGGAUUUGCACAGAUAGGUUUUGCACAAUAUCCUUGCUGUUAUUGUCAGCCAUAAACAAAUUACACGUAUUUAACAAGUUAAUGUCAGAUUGGCCAGGAGCCACUGGGAGGUGUGUACUUAGUGACAUCAGCUGGCAAAGAGCCCUGGUAACAGGGAGGGUUGGAAGGGUAGUGGAGAGAGAGGAAGCAAGAGGGAGGGAGAAAAAGAGAGAGACUGACUGUAUCUGGGGAUUCUGGCAAGGUGAAGAGCUGGUCUGUUUGGCAGGACCUUCCCAUCUGGGAUCCAUCUGUGUUUCCCUGGAAUGGGACAGGCAGCUCUAGUCAGUGAGAAAUCGCAGAUGUGAGAGAGCUGACACAUGUCCAGCUAAUGAAAGGAGGAGGAAGGCUGGUCUCCGAUUGAGCUUUGAAGAUUAGGAGGAGAAAAAGAGGAGCUUUGGAAUAUCUAUUUCAAAUAAAUUUGGUGUAUUUAAGAAUCUAGAUUGUUUAUAAUCUGGGCAUUUGGGUUGGUCCUGAGAAAAGGGUGCCAGCAAUGCCUGGAUCGCCUGUGGAAGUGAAGAUACAGUCCAGAUCCUCACCUCCCACCAUGCCACCCCUCCCACCAAUAAAUCCUGGAGGACCGAGGCCAGUGUCCUUCACUCCUACUGCAUUAAGCAAUGGAAUCAACCAUUCUCCUCCUACCCUGAAUGGUGCCCCAUCACCGCCACAGAGAUUCAGCAAUGGUCCUGCCUCCUCCACAUCAUCUGCACUCACAAAUCAGCAGUUGCCAGCCACUUGUGGUGCUCGACAACUCAGCAAGUUGAAACGCUUUCUUACCACUCUGCAACAGUUUGGCAAUGACAUCUCCCCUGAGAUUGGGGAGAAGGUGCGGACUCUUGUUCUUGCACUGGUGAACUCAACAGUGACAAUUGAGGAAUUCCACUGUAAGCUCCAAGAAGCCACAAACUUUCCCCUUCGUCCUUUUGUGAUUCCAUUUCUCAAGGCCAACCUGCCCCUGCUGCAGCGAGAACUGUUGCACUGCGCUCGGGCGGCCAAGCAGACCCCAUCCCAGUACCUGGCUCAGCACGAACACCUUCUGCUCAACACAAGCAUUGCAUCACCUGCUGACUCAUCAGAGUUGCUCAUGGAGGUACACGGAAAUGGGAAGAGGCCCAGUCCGGAGAGGAGAGAAGAGAAUAGUUUUGAUAGAGAUACAAUUGCUCCUGAGCCUCCUGCCAAGAGAGUGUGUACCAUCAGCCCUGCUCCUCGGCAUAGUCCUGCUCUCACUGUGCCCCUCAUGAAUCCUGGGGGCCAAUUCCAUCCUACCCCUCCGCCUCUUCAGCAUUACACCUUAGAGGAUAUUGCAACUUCUCACCUGUAUCGGGAACCCAACAAGAUGCUAGAGCAUCGAGAAGUUCGUGAUAGACACCACAGUCUUGGUCUAAAUGGAGGCUAUCAAGAUGAGUUGGUAGAUCAUCGUUUGACAGAAAGGGAAUGGGCUGAUGAAUGGAAACAUCUUGACCAUGCGCUGAAUUGCAUUAUGGAAAUGGUAGAGAAAACAAGGCGCUCCAUGGCAGUUCUGCGGCGCUGUCAGGAAUCAGAUCGUGAAGAACUCAACUACUGGAAAAGACGGUACAAUGAAAACACAGAGCUGAGGAAAACGGGGACCGAGUUGGUCUCCAGGCAACACAGUCCUGGGAGUGCAGAUUCUCUCAGCAAUGAUUCUCAGAGAGAGUUCAACAACAGGCCAGGUACAGGAUAUGUACCUGUGGAGUUUUGGAAAAAAACAGAAGAAGCUGUGAAUAAGGUGAAAAUUCAGGCCAUGUCAGAAGUACAGAAGGCCGUCGCUGAGGCAGAGCAGAAAGCCUUUGAAGUGAUUGCAACAGAGAGAGCACGAAUGGAGCAAACCAUAGCGGACGUCAAGCGGCAGGCCGCGGAGGACGCUUUCCUCGUCAUCAACGAGCAAGAGGAGUCCACGGAGAACUGCUGGAACUGUGGCCGCAAAGCCAGCGAGACAUGCAGUGGUUGCAAUAUUGCACGAUACUGCGGCUCUUUCUGCCAGCACAAGGACUGGGAGCGGCACCACCGCCUCUGUGGUCAGAACCUGCAUGGCCAGAGCCCCCACAGCCAGGGCCGGCCGCUGCUUCCUGUAGGCAGGGGCUCCUCUGCCAGGUCCGCUGACUGCAGCGUGCCCAGCCCAGCCCUCGACAAGACCUCGGCAACCACAUCGCGUUCCUCAACACCUGCUUCUGUGACAGCUAUCGACACCAGUGGACUCUGAGCCCCGGGCUCUACUUACCCUGAUGGCUGCUCAGCACCACAGAGUGCUUGGGCUGAGGGACUGGCUGUUGGAACCCGUGCAUGUAGCUGCCGGGUCAUCAGCAAGAAAUGAACUGGAGGCAGGAAGAGUCCAAGCCUGAAUAAUAACGCCCCACAGCCUCUCUGGGCACUUGCUGUCUGUGGAGCCAGUGUGCCAUUCUCUGCACAUGGGCAGCCGGCCCGAGCUGCCUCCUCCAUGGCUUUCUUGGUUUGUUCCUCUCUCCACUGAAGCUGACUCAGCCAGCCCCUUUUCAAUGUAGACCACCAGCUCACCUCCCCGAGAUAGCAGACUGUCCAAUGUGCUCAGCCAGGCUGGAGGCGGCAGGCAGCAGGCUGUGAAGGAGGCCCCUCGGUCAGGGAGCGGCCUGCUUCACCCCUGAAUAGCUCCUUCGGCCCCAUCUCCACCCUCAGCAGAUGACACUGAUUGGCCCCACGGGGACUUGGGUAAGCAACAGGCGGCAUUCAGGACUCUUCUCAACCCUGCUGUUCAGACUUGUUAAGAUCUCAGAGUCCACAGGAAAGAAGUCACUGUUGCAAUAAAAGCACCCGUAGUAGCAAAAACAUAAACAAAUAAAACUUCCCCCACGUCACAGAUUAUUUUGGACAAGAUUUUCCAACCUUGCUGGCUACUUUAGUUUGGGACCCGUUUUUUUUCUCAUUUGAUUUUGCUUGUGCAGAAAAUAGUUUCCAGCACAUGGAUUGAUCUGAGAGAGAAUGAGGCUCAGUUGUGGAUAGUCUGUUCCCUCUGAGCAUGUUGGCCAAACUAGUAUCGUCAAAUUAUUGAGCGGAUCAUCUCUUGGAAAUGCAGAACUUCCUUCACCACUUGGCUAUUUGCACAGUCAUCUUGUUCUGUGUCCUUUUAUCUCUCAGACCACACACAUCUGGAAUUCUGUGGGCAUGUUCUGCCCAUGGGCUCCAUUUGGCACCUGCUGAGCCACAGUUGUCCUGCUGGACGUGCUGUGGCAGGUUGGUAGGACUUGCCCCCACUGGUCAAGGCCUGGUCUCAUCUGAAAAGCCCUCCUGGACCUCAAAGAAUUCUUCAGACCUCAUAGUUACAGGUCAUUAUGUCUACUAUGUUGAUUUAUCAUCAGGCACACAACUUCUGUUGCCUUCUCUUGUGUUAUCUGAUAGCGUCCCUCCUUGAGCUCAUCAGAAAGGUUUUAUGAAAUGUGAGAACCAUUUUGGGAAAAGCUGAUCAAUUUUUCUUCCUAGCUUCCCAUUUUCAAAUGGGACAUCACCUAUAUCCCUUUCAGAAUGUUAGGAACUGCCUCUCACAUUCUUCUCUGUCUUUUUGGGUUUUGUUUUUUGUUGUUGUGGUGGUUUUUUAACACAAAGUCUCACUCUGUUGCCCAGGCUGGAGUGCAGUGGCGUGAUCUUGGCUCACUGCAACCUCUGCCUUCCAGGUUCAAGCAAUUCUCCUGCCUCAGCCUCCCGAGUAGCUGAGAUUACAGGCGCCCACCACCAUGCCCAGCUAAUUUUUGUAUUUUUAGUAGAGACAGGGUUUCACCAUGUUGGCCAGGCUGAUCUCGAACUCCUGACCUCAGGUGACCUGCCUUGGCCUCCCGAAGUGCAGGGAUUACAAGCGUGAGCCACCAUGCCCUGCCUGUCUUUUUGCUUUUGAUGGGAGUCUGAGGACCCCGACCAGUCCUGCUCUCCAUCUUUGAGCCUCUAGCAUCCUCUCACACCCAGAAAUCAGUUGGAGUAAGUUUGAUUGGCCCUGCUUCAGCUGGCCUUUGAAGCACAAGUUUAAAUCUCCACCUUCUGUGCACUGACCAGAGUCUAAAAUAAAAGCUGUCAGUACCAUAAAGGAAAAAGGAUCCACACAGGUAGCCUUGUCCUUGCAUACAGUUACAUCUUACUUUAAGAAUUUCAAGUCCUGGCUGGGCGCAGUGGCUCACUCCUGUAAUCCCAGCACUUUGAGAGACCGAGGCAGGCAGAUCACUUGAGGUCAGGAAUUCAAGACCAACCUGGCCAACAUGGUGAAACCCUGUCUCUACUAAAAAAAAAAAAAAAAAAAAAAAGCCGGGCGUGGUGGCACACACCUGUGAUCCUAGCUACUCAGGAGGCUGAGGCAGGAGAAUCUCUUGAACCUGUGAGCCAGAGGUCGCAGUGAGCCGAGAUUCCACCACUGCACUCCAGCCUGGGCAACACAGCAAGACCCCAUCUCAAACAAAAAACAAAAUUAAAGAAUUUCAAGUCCCUAAUUUACUCUAACCAAGCAUUUUCAGUAUUACAAAGAAACCUAGUGCACUACACCUUUAAAAUGCCUAGAUUUCCAUUGCCUAAAGUAAGGUGUGACCAGUGAAAGAACAGCAGAGAAUCAUGUUCCUUUGCUAUGGAACACAUAAGCCCCACAGUUUUCCAGUCAGCCUAAUACAUGGGUAUCCCCUACCCCCAUCUGCCUCCUUAAGCCACAGUCCUUGGUGGGGAACUCUGACUAAGGUGGAUGGAGUCAGUACCCUGGACAGGGCCAUAUUUGUAUGAGACAUGGCUGUCUCACAAGGAGGUCACAGAGCCUCUACGCCAGCUUACUGGUUUUUCAUGGAUUUGCUGGAUUAACACCUUAAGCAGGUUUUUUUGUUGUUAUUUUGUUUGUUUGUUUUGAGACGGGAGUUUCUCUCUUGUCUCCCAGGCUGGAGUUCAGUGGCGCAAUCUCGGCUCACCGCAACCUCUGCCUCCCAGGUUCAAGCGAGUCUCCUGCCUCAGCCUUCUGAGUAGCUGGGAUUACAGGCACCUGCCACCACGCCCAGCUAAUUUUGUAUUUUUAGUAGAGACGGGGUUUCUCCAUGUUGGUCAGGCUGGUCUCAAACUCCCGACCUCAGGUGAUCCGCCCACCUCGGCCUCCCAAAGUGCCAGGAUUACAGGCAUGAGCCACUGUGUCCAGUCUUAAGCAGGUUUUUAAAAUCUCCAGUGGCCAUAAAACUAGCCAGGGUAGCUCAUGCUUUUACUGGUUGGAAUAAGGAGCCAAAACCACCAAAAUAAUAUUUAUUAGGGCCCGAUGCUCAUUUCUGUGGCUAAGGCUUAGGUUUGGUGUGCAGAGCCUGGCCUACUCCUGUGGGCUGUGGUUUGAUUGGCCCUGUGACAGUUUCAUUUUCUGAAUCUUUGUAAUGCUUUUCCACCCUGCUCAUGUGCUGCCCAGAGGCUGAUCUGCAAACCUGGGCAGUAUUCCACACUGAAGCUCAGUUUGCAAACCUUUUGCUGUGUUAAUUCUGGUCAGUUUCACACAGAAGUCACGAGGGCCUCUGCCCAGGACCUUCUAUUCGCAUUUCAAGAAUCCCUUUCUGAAAUUCUCCAACUCUCUGGUCAGGAGGAGCAGCACCAUUGGGGCGGGGUGGGCAGCUAGAGAUGCAGGAGCGAAUCCAGGUUCCUUGUGUGGUUCCCAGCCUCUGCUGACAGCACCUCAGCUACCAGGUGGGGAGUGGAAAUUCAGGCUGCUUAGAGGACUGACCUCUACAGUUAAUGUUUGCAGUGACAUAAAAGGCAAAGAGGGGCUGGCAUGGUGGUACAGAAGGUAUCAGUCAAGCGCAGGCUCUUCAGAAACCAAAAAGCAGAUGCAACAUGUGACUGGCCAUCAGCCAGACAUGUCUAGGGUGAGACCAGUGCUCAGCACCACCUGCCAAGAAACACUGAUGAGUUGUGGGACGCUAUGGUCGGCCAAGUGAGGAAUGAUUGCAGGGACCAGAGAAGACCAAAGAUGCCCGAUGUCCCCAGAGUUUCUUGGCUGGGUUUCACAUCUUUGCUUGUCCUUUUUGUUCCCACUUGCCUGCACUGUGCCUGACUCCAUCCAGUGGGGAAGGUGACUCAAGAAGUUGUUUAAGCCUAGGCCUAGGCAGUCCACCUCGGGAAGUGGGGGCACUCCACACUGGGGGGCCCUGCAGCUCCAGGGCUGCUGCUCUAGCAGAUGCGCUCAGGCACGGUUGGGUGACCGUGGGGUCACCGAUUGGGUAGAUUAUUUCUAGGGCCGUGCCAGGUUAGAAAUGUAUGUCUGGAAACAAGACACAUCUUCCCACAAGUCCACACCUGGCGUCGACUGCUGCCCACUCUCUGCAGCUUGGAUCUCCUUUGCCCAUUUGGGCCAGAAGGUCACCAGGAGUUCAUCACUGCUUGGUGUCAACUUGACAUCUUCAGCUUCCAGACAGAAAAUCCAUGCUUUACUUUGUACAGCCCUGUCCCAGAGUUAGUAAGCCUCGGCUUGUCACCUGCUUGCGAAGGGUAUAGACAUCGUUCUGGGUAGUUCUAGAGGAUAUCGCAACAAGUGUGUUUGAAGGUUCAGCACAGCUGGAAUUGUACGGUAGUGAGCUCUUCAAAAUGAAAACAGAAUGGCCGGAUGGCCAUCUGUCCUGGAAACUGUAGAACUGAAUAAAUCACUGAAAAUAGAACACUUCAUGGAGGCUUUCUUCAGAACUGAACUAGAAACAAGAUUUCCAGGCUCCCAGGUCAGUAGACCAAACCAACUUCCUUAGAUUUUUUUUUUUAAAGCUGUUUGCAGAAAACUGGGUGGUAGCAUGUCUGAACCAAAUGGAAGAAUAUCCAGCGGAGCAUCAACUGUUCCAGCACGGGCCAGAUGGCCAGCUGUCGAGAGCAGCCCUGCGCAGACUGCGGUGGCGGCUGUGCCAGCGGCUCCGCAGGGCCCUUCCAACUCUGGAGUGUCUGUGGUUCUUGUGAAACCAAAACGUUGACUGCCUGCCUCUUUCCUCGGGCAUCGACGUGCUCAUUUCCAAAGAUGAUGGUGCAGGUGACCUUUUCCAUCGUGAGCCAGGAGAAGGUUAGGAGGCCUGAGGGGCGGGCCUUGCGUCCCCUCCUCCCCCUCCACAGCCCCCGAGGUGGAGCUUCCCUCACAGACGCAUCUGGUCGAGCCUACGGCUGCCCAGUGUACACUCAGUGAUGCUUAUACCAAAUAGGGCAUGUGCGCUGGUGUCUGUUGGGGACAGCCCCAUCCCUACCUUGGAGUCGGCAGAGAAGCAGCAAUAAGCAUUAGGCGAAUGAGUGAAAGGGCUGCUGUGCCGAGAGGCCUUCAGUCCCCUUAACGUGGCUUUCCAACUUCCUCACGAGGCUACAAAGGCUCCACUCACAAAAGAAAGCCAAUAAUGUAAAUAAAUAGAAAACGAAGCCUCCACGCGUGGUUUUUAAAGGGGGAUGAUGAAUGUGAAACCACCCACAGAAUGCGUUAGAGUCUGGUUUUUCUGUGCUUUGUCAUUUUACUCUGAUAGGAACUUUUGUUACCUAACUCUGUGCAUAACUUAUUUAAUGUACUGUAUAAAUGAACCAAAACUGUUAAAUAUGUAUUUAGUUUGUUCUACUUAAAGUAGUCAAUAAAAAGGCUAUAUUCCU